AUGCUUGUGCACUACUGCGACUGCUCCUACAACACCGUCUUUGCUUACAGCCCCUCUGUAUUCUCCCAGAACAUCGCCUGCUCCCAUUGCGGCUCUAUAUCAACGGGCAUCAACGUGCGAGCCAAGGCCGAGGAAGACGCAAACAUGCAGCAAGAUGAACUCGCCCAGCUGUUUGCAGCUAACAUGCAUCUGUCACAGAACGCAGCACACCAGCAGCAAGUGCAACAAGAGUCAGCGCGGCUGCAGCAAAUACAACUAGAACAAGCGCGGCAGCAGCAGCAGCAAAUACAGCAAGAACAAGCGCAGCAGCCAGAAGCCCCCAAGGCAAUCGUGUAUGCUUCGAGCCACUACACCCACUCACACCAUGUCGUGCCCACCCGUAGUGCCUCGGAACCGCCAGCAAAGACGCACAUUGACAUGUCUGAACUAGGGGCGAUUUUGCUGCGCAACAGCAUCAACCCGGAACUGCUUUUCCCGUCCCAAGUCGAGCUGUUCCAGAAUGCAGAUGAUGACCAGCGGUUACGGCUGCUCGAGCUAUGGCGCAUCUCCCCCCCACAGGGCCGCCAGGGCUAUCCAGCAGGCACAGACUACAACAUGUCGCGGCAGCUGUACGACUGGCCGCCGACGAGCCUAGCGCAAGAGGAGUCGAUGGCCAAGCUGCGCUAUGAGAAAGCCCAGCAGGACGAGCAGGCGCGAGAGCCAAGUGCGUCGCCUCAGGCAGCAGAGCCGUACAUGGCGUCGGGCUACGACAUGCUUGCGCAGCGCGACUACGAGCAGUCGGCCCACCAGUCGGCCAAGCAGUCAAACUACUACCCGGCGACGGACCCCGUGUACAACAGCGCGGCCAGCCACGGGCUGUGGCAGAACAAGGUGGGCACCAUCUCGGACAUGGAGAACAACUACGGCGCGUAUGCCUAUGCCCGCGAGUACGGCUUCCAGCAGCCGUCGUACGCCGACGAGGAGAUGGUCAUGUAG